UUUAUCAAUAUGGAAAAGGACAAAAAGAACGAUCAAUUGCUCGAUCUCAUACGCAAGGAGCUCAAUGCCAUUCUUGCAGAGGAGGAAAGUGGUGUUCCAGAAAGAAAGACAUCAUUUGAAUCUAUCAUUAAGGCAAAUCCCAUAUCCAAUCUGGUCCCAAAGAAGGGGGGCAGCCAGCAAAGUAAUGUUGCCAUCAAAGUUGAGAAAAGGCCCUUGACGUCGUCAUCAUCAACAUCGACAUUCAAUAAGGCGCACGCAUUCCGUCAAGCUGCAGGAGGCAAAACCAUUAACAUGAAGCCAUCGAGCACAAGUAAUUCCAGCGGCCAAAAGAAAGAGCAAACUUCAUCAUCCGAUUUGAAGACGACAGGUUCGUCAAAUUGGGAUACCCUUGAUUCCGAGCGUCUACUACGUGCCGAAUUUGUCGAUUCGCAGACCUCCAAAAGCAUCGAUGAGGAAUUGCAGAAAAUGCAGGUGGAACUGAAGCAGAGUUAUGAACUGUUUCAGGGAAUUGGCGAGAAGUUCGAGUCGAUUAAUUUCAACGGCCUUCGCAAGCGCAUACGUGACUUGCACCUAAAUAAUAUGUCCAAUGACAUGGGGAAGGUCACAACCUUGGAACUGCAGAAGAUUUUUGAGACACGCUACAUGCAGAAUCGUUUGGACAAGCUCACAACAGAUGUCCGUGAUGGCUUGCGCCGUCAUCCCGGCGAAUUUGGAGAUAUUCCUGAGCUGAGCACCUUCUUUCAGGCCUGCACACAACUGGAGCACGGACUGGAUACAUUGAAGCAGCAGCGCAAGCGCAGCAGCGACUUAGAGAAGCGCCUGUGCUGGGCAACAGAGAUAGCAUAUGAUCGCAUGGACGAGAUACGCAAUGCAGUUGGCUCCAAGCCAGAGUCCAAUUUUUGAGUUAUCGUUGCCCCUUUUAACAUGUACAUCAAUUUUAGUGGUAAUGAGAUAACAGAUAAAAUGGCAAAGCGUUAUUCCCAUUUUAAAGAAAAA